AUGGCUGAGCAGGCGCAAGGCCAAUUUUGCGCACCCCAACGUCGAGCUACUAUAGUUUGUGGUGCUGAGGUAGAGUCUGCUCCUAUGGAGGCUGUGCAAUUUCCUAUUGGUGUUAAGGAGGUACAUGUUCCUGUUGUUGUGGAGGAGAUGGAGCCUUCCCAGGAUAACCUAAUGACUGAUAUGUGCUCACAGGAUAUGUUGACCAUGUCGUAUACCGAGUAUGGCAGGGAGAGAGCGUUUGACGCUGAAGGACUUAGUUUGAAUAUGGAUUUCUUAGCUCCAAUUGAUGAGAGUGAUGAUGUGGAUUUGGACCUAACAGUUGAACAAGAUUGUGAGUCGGUGGAACCUAAUAGUAAUGUGUUAGUGGGACCUAGUAAAACGAAGAACACUAAGGGAAGGCCAAAAUCUCAGGUAUGGAAGUUUUUUACUAUGAUAGAGGGGUUGGAUAAUGAGGGAAGGCAAAGAGCAAAAUGCAAUGCUUGUGGUACAUCAUAUGCCCGUGGAGGAAAACAAUAUGGGACAACUUCUCUAAAACGUCAUCUUGAAGUUUGUAAGAAAGUUAAUUUUGGAGAUGUUGGUCAGAUUAUGUUAGACAUGCAAGGAAAGCUAAAAUCAUUAAAGAUUGAUAAUUUGGUCUCUCGUGAAAUGUGUGCUCGGCUAAUUAUCAAGCGGGACCUUCCUUUUAAAUUUGCUGAGUUUGAAGAGCUUACAGCUUGGCUUCAGUACUUAAAUCCUGAUUACAUUCCUAUCACUAGAAAUACCGCCAAGGCUGACGUUGUGAGAAUAUACAAAAGGGAAAAAGAAAAGAUUAAGAUACAAAUGGCCCACACUCCUUGUAGGAUUUCUUUAACUUCUGAUUUAUGGACAUCAAUUAAUACCGAGGGCUAUAUUACUUUAACUGCUCUUUAUGUUGAUACAAAUUGGAAGUUAAAUAGUAAAAUCCUCAACUUUUGUCACAUGCCUCCUCCUCACACAGGUUUUGAGUUGUGUAAAAGAAUAUCUGAGUUUUUGAAUGAUUGGGGAAUAGAGAAAAAGGUUUUUACCAUUACUUUGGAUAAUGCUUCUGCAAAUGAUGUGAUGCAGCAAACUUUGAAGAGUCAGCUAGCCUUACAAAAUUGGUUGUUAUGUAAAGGGGAGUUUUUUCAUGUUCGUUGUUCUGCAUAUAUCUUAAAUCUAAUUGUGCAAGAGGGUCUUAAAGUAGCUUAUGGUGCUUUGCAAAAGAUUAGGGAAAGCAUUAAACAAGUGAAGGGUUCAGAGAGUAGGAUGGUAAAAUUUAAGCAAUGCGUUGAUAUGGUUGGUAACAUUGAUGUAUCAAGUGGGUUGGUUACAGAUGUGCCUACAAGAUGGAAUUCAACAUAUUUGAUGCUUAAAAGUGCUCUGAAAUAUCAACGUGCAUUUGAAAACCUUCAUUGUUAUGAUGCAAAUUAUACAACUAAUCCUUCAAAGGAAGAGUGGGUGAGACUUGAAAAAAUGAGUAGGUUCUUGUUGCCAUUUUAUGAAAUUACCACUUUGAUGUCCGGAACAAGCUAUCCCACUUCAAAUUUGUACUUCUUGCAAAUUUGGAAAAUUCAACAUGUAGAUGUUGUUGAUUGGCUAUAG